AUGUCACUUGUACGCGCCCAAGAACUUUCUCCCGCGAUCAAGUGGCCUCUCCAGCCUGCUGGCGGGUCGAUUCUCUACACCAUAGUCAAGAUUUUCAAGUCCAGGUCGGCCAAUCGACCACAAGAUGAGCCAUGGGGUUACAGAUGGAGAUCAUCAGAUCAAUUCAUUACUGCGACAAUGUAUCUGGCGCUGUUCACAGGUAAUGUCUCGAUUUCCAACGUGUACUCAAUAGCCUUACAGGCAAUUGCUAAUUCUGGAAGGCAACUUCAAGAUGUGUUGCUCUUCGCAUUUACUCUCCCUCUGCUUCCUAUCAUGUUCGAAGAUAGGAUUGGUCUCGAUUCAUCACAUACUCAACGAUUUACGUCUAUAUUUCUCAUAGAAGGCGCUCUUGUUUCAAUCGUCUCGAGUCCGUUUGCUGGGUCCCUAGCCGAUGCUGUCACGAGCAAAAAACUCUUGCUGCUGGCUCUGUUGAUCCUGACUUUGAUAAGUACGGCAUGCUUGGCCCUGACCAAAAAUUUGCCUUUGCUGUUCGUUGGUCGCUUCUUCCAGUCACUUACUGGGAACGGGCUAUGGAUUGUGGCCAUGGCGACGUUGGCAGCCAACCUCGGAGCUGAAAACAUGGGCAGAAUUGCUGGGCUUGCGGAAGUUCUCACUUCAGCAGGUACUGCGGCCGGUCCAUUCAUCUCCGGAAGUCUGUUCAAGGUCGGAGGGUAUUGGGCCGCCUGGGGAGGAGCUGCAGCUUUCCUUGUCGUAGACAUAGCUCUGCGGCUUGUCAUGCUGGAGAGACCAGCGAAGGAUGAUGCGGUCACAUCUAGCCUGACGAAGAAUACUUCCACUCCUGCAUACACCACCCGGACGGAGAAUGAAGAGUUCUUUACAGGCAUUCUGUGCGCAUUCAUUUUCGCCAUGGUGAUUGGCACUCUUGAGAGCACGAUGGCGGUACAUGUCAGGGUUGCUUUCGAUUGGGGGGCUUUCUAUGUCGGUAUCAUGCUGGCUGUGAUUCAAGCACCUGGAGUCCUGCUUGCAGUUCCAGUUGGAUGGUUGAAAGACAAAAGAGGCUCGAGGUUUCCAACAGCAAUAGGUCUCUUAAGCUCGGUCCCGUUUAUCGUGCUUGCAGGCGUCCCUGGCGGCAAGGGUCUUCCUGCGGUCGACAACGCACCAUGGGAAAAGCCGGUGUUUGUGGCCAGUUUAGCAGCGAGUGGUCUUCUGUUGGCCCUUCUCAGUGGCAUCGGCUCGAUUGAAGCAGCUGCAACUGUCGCAGCAGUUGAAGAUCGCGAGCCUGGUGUUUUUGGUCCCAACGGCGGCUACUCAAGGGCCAUGGCCAUUGUCAACAUGGCAUGGAUGGCAGGCCUCAUGUGUGGGCCACUCUUGGCCGAAGCUUUACUGCCUCACUUUGGAUAUUUUGUGUUACACUGUACUCUUGGAGCCCUAUGUUUUAUUGCAGGUAUUGUGGCUACCAUCUAUCUCAACCCUGCUGAGAAUCAGUCUGUCGAGCAGGAAGAUGCUUAG